AUGGUAACGAAUGGAUCCGCUUUUAUUCUAACAGAUGCUGACAAUUUACUUGCAGAAUAUGAAAUUGUUGCGCCAAAUAACACCGAUGAAUACAAUCAGAAAAAUAGUAUGCAGAUUGUCAGAACUGCAUCACAAAAUGAUGCAUUGAUGGCAAUUCAAAAUAAAUUAAAUGAAGAAAUUCAAAAGAAAGCACGUGAAAGGCUUUCAGAUGCAACUAUGAGUACAGAGCAGUUCAAACCAACACCUCUUUCAAAUGAAGAAGGUAAAGGAAUCACUUCCCAAAGUAGUAUAAAUAUUCCUUCAUACAUUACUGAUGCACUUAGACCUUCAGAUGAUGAAUCUUCUUCUUCAUCAGAAUUAUCAAUAGCUAAGCUUGGUUCUGAUUUAUAA